UUCAAUUUUGCAAAUGAUUUAAUCAAAGGAGGCCAUUCAGUUUGAAGCGAAAGAAAAAUGUAGCUACAGAAAAAUUCCUCACAGCAAUUUCAUUUCAUUUGCUUCCACUUCGCUCAAAUCAAACAAAUUAGUUAUCUUGUGUUUUAUCUGGCGGUAGAAUUGAUGCUUGUUGCCCAUAAAUGAAUGAGGCCACUGAACUCUGUCAUUGAUAGCUCCCGCCAUGCUCUUUAUAACGUCUUUAUAACCCAUUGCAGGACGAUCAAAUUCGGACUAUUUGCAGAUAUCUACACUGCCAACAACAUCCUCAGUCACUAUACGGGAUGCAAUCACGGAGGACUAGCUCUUGCUUGCAAACUGUUCGACGAAAUGGCCCACAGAGAUACAGUUACUUGGAACACGAUGAUAUCUGGAUAUGUGAACUCUGGGAACUUGGAAGCUGCUUGGGAGUUGCAUAAAGGUAUGAAAAGAAGUGGUUUUUAUACUGAUGCAUAUGCCUUUGGAAGCAUACUUAAGGGGGUUGCUUGUGCUUGUAGACUUGAUCUUGGGCAACAAGUGCAUUCCUUGAUAGUCAAGAUGGGUUACGAGGAGAAUGUUUAUGCAGGGAGUGCUCUGUUGGAUAUGUAUGCUAAGUGUGAGAGAGUUGAAGAUGCAUUCUUGGUGUUUCAACGCAUGCCACAACGUAAUUCGGUCUCAUGGAAUGCACUUAUUGCUGGCUUUGUGCAGGAGGGCGAUUGUGACACUGCAUUUUGGCUAUUUGGUUGCAUGGAGGAGGAGGGAGUGAGACUUGAUGAUGGAACAUUUUCUCCGCUUCUUACCUUGCUUAAUGAAGAUAAGUUCUGCCAUUUAACAAUGCAGCUUCAUUGUAAGAUAAUAAAACAUGGUGUGGAGUUUGAUAACACUGUGUACAAUGCCACUAUUACUUCGUAUUCAGAAUGUGGUUCAUUAGAGGAUGCAAAAAAAGUUUUUGAUGGUGCUGUUGGCACCCGAGAUUUGGUUACAUGGAAUUCCAUGUUAGCAGCAUACCUGGCACAUGGUAGGGAAGAAAUUGCAUUUAGACUAUUCCUUGACAUGCAACAGUAUGGUUUUGAGCCAGACAUCUAUACUUACACUAGCGUCAUAAGUGCUUGUUCGCAUAAAGACCAAGGGAGAUCCUUCCAUGGCUUGGUUACCAAGAGGGGACUGGAGCAAUCAGUACCUAUCUGUAACGCUGUGAUAGGUAUGUAUCUUGAAUCAAGUAAUAAAUCCAUGGAAGAUGCAUUAAAUGUGUUUCACUCCAUGGAGUCUAAGGACCGUGUCUCUUGGAAUUCCAUUUUGACUGGAUUCUCACAAAUUGGGUUUAGUGAAGAUGCCCUAAAAUUUUUUGGGCAUAUGAGAUAUUCAAGGUUGGAAAUUGAUCACUAUGCCUUCUCAGCAGUCCUUAGAUCUUGCGCAGAUUUAGCAACUCUUCAACUAGGACAACAGAUUCAUGUCUUGACAUUUAAGUCGGGCUUUGAGCUGAACAACUUUGUAGCCAGUUCAUUGAUUUUUAUGUACUCUAAAUGUGGGAUAAUUGAAGAUGCUCAAAAGUCUUUUGAAAACUCUACUAGAGAUAGCUCAAUUACUUGGAAUUCCAUUAUGUUUGCAUAUGCACAACAUGGAAAGGGUGAUAUUGCACUGGACCUCUUUUUCCAAAUGAGAGAGGAGAAGGUGAAGGUGGAUCAUAUAAGUUUUGUUGCGGUGCUGACUGCAUGUAGCCACAUUGGAUUAGUUGAAAAGGGCCGCUAUUUUUUAAAAUCUAUGGCAUCUGAUUAUGGGAUUCCACCUCGGAUGGAGCAUUAUGCUUGUGCAAUUGAUCUAUUUGGGCGGGCUGGGCAUCUAGAUGAGGCAAAAGCCUUGAUUGAAUCAAUGCCAUUUAAACCUAAUGCGAUGGUCUGGAAAACCUUAUUAGGUGCCUGUAGGGCAUGUGGAGAUGUAGAAUUAGCUGCUCAGGUAGCAAACCAUCUGCUGGAGCUAGAGCCUGAAGAGCAUUGCACUUACAUUAUCCUCACUAACAUGUAUGGACAUCUUAAGAGGUGGGAUGACAAAGCCUACAUGACUAGGUUGAUGAGGGAGAGGAAGGUGAAGAAGGUCCCUGGAUGGAGUUGGAUAGAGGUAAAUAAUGAGGUUCAUGCUUUCAUUGCUGAUGAUCGAUCCCACCCCCAUUGCAAAGAGAUAUAUUCUAGAUUGGCGGAACUGAUGGAGGAAAUCAAGUGGUUGGAUUCUAUUGCUAGCUUAGAUUCUUUGAGGGAUGAUAUUGAUCUCAUGUAUGGAUACUGUAAUUAUAGCUGCUGACAGUUGGUAGUCUAUUGUUUCAUUGAUUCUGGAAAAAGUAGAUGCAUUAUCCUUCUGAAGAGUUCAAUUUAUUCAUUGGGUAGUCUCCACAAUGUCCAUGCGGUAUAAAUAACUGAAAUCACUUUUGAGCAAUGUGUUGCCAUAAGUAUCUCUGCAGCAAUUCAGCAAUAAACUGUGUUUCCAUAUACUUUUACAGAAAA